AUGAGCCAUUCUAUUGACACUUUGGCCGUAGCUGCGGCUGCCAAGCAGCAACAGCAGCAGCUUCAUCAACAGCAACAGCCACACCAGCACCACCAUCAGCAGCAACAACAACAGGAAGUGGCCUUUCAGCACCACCAGCACCAGAAGCAAACAAUCGUUACUGGACAGCAUCACCAGCAGGCGCAACAGCAACAGCAGCAGCAACAGCAACAACAGCAUCAACCACAACAACAGGCGGCCAUAAAACACGUUAAACGGCCGAUGAACGCUUUCAUGGUCUGGUCGAGAGGUCAGCGACGCAAGAUGGCCCAGGAGAAUCCAAAGAUGCACAACUCAGAGAUUAGUAGGCGACUUGGAACCAGAUGGAAAGAGUUGGCUGAAAAAGACAAGAGACCCUUCAUUGAUGAGGCCAAAAGGUUGAGGACUCAGCAUAUUGAAGAGCAUCCAGAUUACAAGUAUAGGCCGCGCCGGAAACCCAAGCUCAUGGUGACGGCCAGCUCGACUGCGGUGGCGGCGGCGGCCGCUGCAGCGGCCGCCCGCCGCCGCCGCCUCAAGCGUGGCCAGCAACCCAAUGGCGGCCGUUAA